CCGGCUCGGCCCUGCUGCACAGUGCGCCGGCGGGCCUCGCCGUGCUCGCGUCUCCAGAGUCAUGUGAGCCGGGGGGCGCAAGCAGGCAGGCUGGGAGGGCGACACCUCGCUGUUCCACUCCGGCGCAGGAAAAGAGCAGGCGGCCCGUGCUGGGCUGGGCUGUCCCCGCAGGCCCGGGUGGCACAGCGCUCGGUGACACAGUGCAAGGACUAUCGCUUGUGCCCACCCCCUCCACUCCACUUGCACUGUAUAGGCAGGGAGGUGACAGCUUCUUAACGGCAGGAAAAUGUCAUUCUCACACGGCCAGAAAUCAGAUUACUACUUAGACGUGAUUGGGAACGCCGUGUCUUCAAUUUCUGUUAGCACAUGUGCGGUAAUUACAACGGGAAAAAAAACCCAACAAGGAGCGAUGGAGGAGCCCGCGAGCCCCCAGCCCAGGAAGCCGCCCAGGGGCCUGGUGGAGUGGAGGAGGAGGGUCAAGUCCGAAUACAUGCGGCUCCGGCAGCUCAAGCUGCGUCAGGGCUUCUUCUUGCAGGUGGAGGACGAAACGUUUCUGCACAACAUUCCCUACAUGGGGGAUGAGGUGCUUGAGCAAGAUGAGGCCUUUCUGGAGGAGCUGAUAGACAACUACGACGGUGUCCAUGGGGACAAAGGUAAUGCUGAGCCUCCAUGGUCCCUAGCACUACUGGGUAGGGGUGACGACCUGAAUGCUAGGGGCACCCAGUCACAGUUCAUGGCCAACCGCAGCAAGAUCAAGGAGAAGACCGAAUUGCUGAAUGACGAGUGGUCGAACCUGAGGAUCCAACCCAUUCCAAUGGCGCCUUCCAUGGGAUCGCUUACCAGCAAGAAGCAUAACAUCGUACUGAAGCUGUUUAUGCUGGAUAUUCCUGACUUAAUGCGCGUUUCCUCUUAUUUUCCAGGGAACGAUCCAGCAGAUAAGAAGAUUCCCCAUGAUAAGAUUUUCAAAGCUAUAGCUUCGAUGUUUCCCUACAAAGGCACUACAGAGGAGCUGAAGGAAAAGUACAAGGACUUGCUGGAGCCCCCCAGCCCUGUCAAGCUGCCCCCUCAGUGCACCCCCAACAUGGACGGGCCGUGUGCCAAGUCUGUGCAGCGCGAACAGUCCCUCCACUCCUUCCACACGCUCUUCUGCCGGCGCUGCUUCAAAUACGACUGUUUCCUGCACCCCUUCCACGCCACUCCCAACGCGUACAAGAGGAAGAAUAAAGAGAUUCGCAUAGAGACCGAGCCCUGUGGACUGGAAUGCUUUCUUCUGCUGAAAGGGGCGAAGGAGUUUGCCGAUCUGAACAUGCUGAGGUCUCACCGCUCACGGCGACGGCGCCGCCACCCCCGGGUGCCCAGCUCGAGCUGUCCAAGCUCGUCCACCUCGUCCACCUCUGCAGGAGAGAGCAAGGAGGGGGACAGUGACCACGAGACCACCAGCUCCUCAGAGGGAAACUCGCGCUGCCAGACGCCCAUCAAGAUGAAGCAGGGCGGCGAGCCGCUGGAGGAGGUGGAGGCAGUGCAGUGGAACGGGGCCGAGGAGUCGCUGUUCAGAGUCCUGCACGGCACCUACUACAACAACUUCUGCUCCAUCUCAAAGCUGAUCGGCACCAAGACCUGCAAGCAGGUCUACGAUUUUGCUGUGAAAGAGGCCCUCAUCCACCGUGUACCCAUUGAAGAUGGAGGGAUUUCUCCUCAGAAGAAAAAGAGAAAACACAGGCUGUGGGCGGCACAUUGUCGGAAGAUUCAGCUGAAGAAAGACAAUUCAUCCAAUCAAGUGUACAACUACCAGCCGUGUGACCACCCAGAGCACCCAUGUGACAGUUCCUGCCCCUGUGUCAUGACCCAGAAUUUCUGCGAGAAGUUCUGCCAGUGUGACCAUGAAUGCCAGAACCGCUUCCCCGGCUGUCGCUGCAAGACCCAGUGCAACACCAAGCAGUGCCCCUGCUACCUGGCGGUGCGCGAGUGCGACCCCGACCUCUGCAUGACCUGCGGGGCGGCCGACCACUGGGACAGCAAGAACCUGUCCUGCAAGAACUGCAGCAUCCAGCGCGGGCUCAAGAAGCAUCUCUUACUGGCUCCAUCAGACGUUGCUGGAUGGGGGACCUUCAUCAAGGAGCCAGUUCAGAAGAAUGAGUUCAUCUCCGAGUACUGUGGAGAGCUGAUCUCCCAGGACGAAGCUGACCGAAGGGGGAGGAUCUACGAUAAAUACAUGUCCAGCUUCCUCUUCAACCUGAACAACGAUUUUGUCGUUGAUGCAACCCGCAAAGGAAACAAAAUCCGUUUUGCCAAUCAUUCUGUCAACCCCAACUGUUACGCUAAAGUUGUGAUGGUGAAUGGAGACCACCGGAUAGGAAUCUUUGCUAAGAGAGCCAUUCAAAAAGGAGAGGAGCUUUUCUUUGACUACAGAUACAGCCAAGCAGAUGCUUUAAAGUACGUUGGGAUCGAGAGAGAGAUCGAUAUCAUGUAACUGGCUCGUGUGGAACCUUCCUACCUGUGUUCUGCAUGUCUGCACACGGCAAAGCUCUUUCAAUGCUUUUGGCAUCAGAAGAUGUUAUGGUUUUAGUUGGGUUCACUCAGAAUGAGGAACUUGGUCUGUUGCUCAUUUUACUCCCAAGAUAGACCCUCGUGCUGUAAAUCUGGACUGUACUGUAUAUACGCAGCAGACCUUGUGCAUUUCUUUAGGUAAGCAGUCUCCACUUGGAACCAGAGGCAGAGUUCCUUGCGAUUUGUGAUCUUUAAGUCUAAACACUAGAGCAGCUCAAAAAGCCUAAUUGUAGUCUAGUAGAGACAAAUGCAUAUAAUGAUUGCUCCGAAAAAUAUAUCAAAUGUACUGUAUAUUAUGCUAGGACAGCAGCAUUUCAUGGACUUCAUUGUAGUGUAUUAGUCUUAAGUAAAUGCAGCCAAAACAUAAUUUCCAUUUCACACCACACUACAGUAAUAUGGUGUGUCAUGUUUCAUUUUGUCUCUCAGAUUGACUGUUUAACUGUUGCUUAGUAAUAUAUGAUGUUGUAAAAGGAAAUAUAUAUAUUCCUCUAAUCUCUAACCUGAGUCUUAUAUAGUGGAGAAAACUGUAUCGAUCUUUCAGUGAACCUAGCUUUGAUGUACCCAUUGAGCAUUGUGUCUAUCCAGGCAAUAUACCGAUCUCUAACUCUUAUGCUAAAAUAUGGUUUUGUUAAUUAUCAGAUGGGGAGUACAGUCUGAAAGUAGCUCUUGGUACUUUAGGAUCUGAGAUCUGUUGUACAGGACAUUAACGUCGUAAUUCUGGUGAGCUGAAAUGACGUGACAUUCUCAGCCUCACUGGAGGAGGAAGACGAGGACGAGAUGGUGUCGUGGGGCAGAUUCGAAGCUGCUUCCUCGAUGGCUUUUGCACAGCUGUAGUAGAUGUCCUUGCAACAGUGUGAAACCGACAAAAUGAAUGUGUGCUUUCCUUUAAAGUGACUCAUUCUGCCAGAGUGGCAGCUUGUACAGUACACGGAGGGCUUGCUAGUUUCCCAGUGAAAUGCACUGCAGUGCUUCUAGUUCCUCUGCCCUACAGCAGCUGGUUGCAGCCACGUGCAUUGGAGAGGCGCAGUGAAUUACUUGCAGGAUGGAGGCUGUUGCAAAAGACAGGGAGGGUUGGUGAUUUUCACUCCCUUCUUUGCCACAGCAAGGAAAGCUGAAUUUCUGCCUUGCCUGUAAAGUAAACAAGCAUUGAUCUGUAUAAACUACAUGUGCAGCCACAGUAUGCUAAGAGGCUGUGAUGUGGGUGUUCUGAAAUUGAGACAGGACGGGAGAGAGGAAGGGUGCACAUGCUUUAAAAGGACAGAGCGUGGUGUGCACGUCCUUCUGAGAUAAUUGUCUCUGCUAACUAAAUGUGUCCUUAGCCAGAAACACACAUUGGUAUGAAAUGACUUGUUACUGGAUAUAUGUGUGGUUUGUCUCAGUGCUUUGAGUAAAUAACUUUGGUGUUACUCAUGUCGUUGCAUUUGGUAAAUGUUCCUUUUUCCCUGUUGAAUCGUAAAAUUCCCCGCUGGCUUCCCAUUUCAGGAGUCUCAACAAUUAAUACAGCAGGUAAAUUGAUCAAGCGUUGGGCAGAUAAUGGUAAUUUAACUCGCUUCUAAACCAUAUUUGUGUUAUCAUUUCAAGGUGUGUGUUCUAAAGGAAGCAUCUACACAAUUACAGUACGUGCAAAAUAUAUGUCAGGUCAACCUUUCUCAUAUGUAAGCAGAUCAGAAAACUGAAAAUAAGAUCAGGAAAUGGAGACACAAUAUUGUUUCCCAGUAUAAGCUGAAUACUCAUAAAAGCUCACGCUGCUUUCUGAGACCUGGAAUGUGUGGAGGCAAACUUUGCUCUCAUUCUGACCACAGUUCAGUAACCGCUGUAGCAGUCUCUCGCUCUCACUCUCGAGUGAAUCACAGACUUUUUCAGCUGCGUUCUGUGGCCGACGGGGCAAACAGCGAAAAAAAGACCAGUUGAGUGCGUUCUCGUUAAACUACGUGUAGUUCUGCUUUAGGGUUCAAUGCAAAGGGGUUUAUGACGACGCUCAAGAAAGCCCUUUAUCUUAACUCCAGACAAUCACAAGAUCUAAGAAAGGUCACGGAAAGACUGGAAGUCAUCCUUUAAAUCCAAAUUGAUUUCCACAUUCACUGGUGGUUUAGAGGGGAGUUAAAAGCCGAGUUGCUGAGGAGACUCCUGCAUUUGUUUGCUGUGAGACAUGUUAGAGAGAAGGGCAGAUUUUAUUCCCUUGAGCAGGUGUUGGCGAGCUGUGACACUGUAAGCCAGUUGUUCCCAGUCCAGGUCCUAGUGACCCACACAUCUGCUGCUGUUCAUUCCAGCCCACCUUCAUUAGAGCAUUGAAGCCUCACUUGAGCUGAGACGUUGCUUUGUUGGAAUAUUUGCAUUUUGUUUCUAGUCACAGGUUUGGGAUUUUAUUUCACUUACGAAACCCAUGGGUUUAAUUAUUGUUAAGUCAGGGGUCAGGGAAGAGUUUGAUGGUGUCACCGAGGGCUGGGCUGGAACAGAAACCAGCAGGUGUGUGGUUCACCAGGACCAGGACUGGGAGCUACUGCUGUAACCAAUAUGUGCUUGGGGAGGAAGGGGACUGUCUCCUGACAGAAUCAAAUGAGCUGAGUGUGUUGUAUGUGUGUGAAGUGGCACAUGUGAUUGGACAGUGCAGUCUGCCUCACAUGGGUCUGGAUAAGAAACUUGUGUUUCAGGAUAUACCCAGAUUAGUGAGCAAGUCAAGUCAAUACAUUUAUUUGUAAUACAAUUUAUAAACACCUAACUUCCAAUAAUGACAUAACAACUGCUUUUAAUCCUUUUUUAAUACUCACACUAGAUAAAGCACACUAGCCCAGAUAGGUACCCUAAGUUAUUUCCAGUACUGUAUAUAAGACAGGGUAUUGUAUGAGAUAAAAAUGCUUUAUUUUAAAGAUGUAACCUGGGCUUGUCAGGAUUUCCCACAGUCCCAUCAUGAGUUUUAGCACUGUCAUUUGUUUUCUGUUCUUAAAAACAAGUAUGUAUACAGUACACGCAUGUGUGUAUGUUACAAACGGAAAGGUACUUGUUUUUAGCUUUAUUUUUAACGGAAAAAAAUUUAUAUGAAUGCAAUUGAUUUGUCGUUCUUGCUGGAUAAUGACCUGAACCAGUGCCAUUUAACAAAUACAGUUUUAUUAUUAACAUAUUUUGUAGGAACCUUGCGUUAAUUUCUUGUAUGUAUUAAUAGAAACGUGAGUACUGUAGUCUUCCCUUAUGAGAUAGAAGUGCCAAAACUGAAAACAGACAUUACGAAGAACAAAAAUACAGUGAUGGGGAGAAGGAAUCACCAGAGAUGGGUUUUAUUACUGACCUCUCCACCUGCCUUUACAAGCGUUGUGAAUUGCCUUCCAUCAGGUGGGAUCCUUUAGAAAUUUACUGAAAGAAGGAAAGCAAUAGGACAAAAUAAUUCCUAAAUAUACAGUAGGCUAGUUUGUCAGAAAAUAACACCCUUUUCUAUCUGCAAAAAAUAUAUUUUGCAGUUAGUUUCCAAAUGUAUACUUCAGAUUGCAGCAGCCUUGCUCUUGGCAAAUAUCCUGAAUAAAGAAGCUGGGAUAUGGGACCUGUCUUCAUUAAAACUCUCUUUCAAGAGAUUUCGGGCCAAUAAUGUCAUUUAAUCAACCUGGGAGAUCCCAGUUUUUUGAAAAUAUGCUGCACUACGAAAGCAUUUCAGCUCAUCAGCACAAUUUUUUAAUGCAGUGAUAUGUGUUGGAACAUUUAAUUUUUAAUAGCCCAGAAAAUCGCUGAUUUUAAUAUCUGCCAUUGUUGUGGUAUCUAAGGAGUUCCCGGGCGUGGAGACCAAGGUGUGAGUCAGAUAUUUAGGCCUGGCCCUAGUAGCCGGACAUCACCUGCUCCUGCUGUAACAGUUACCUAUAUAUAUAUACCAAAUACAACACUUUAUGCCUGAAGUAGGCUAAAUUUCUUUAAUCUUUAACAUUUCAAUUUUCUUUGGUUUUUGAGUUCAGUAAAUGCUAUAAAAAGGUAUUAACUUGUUGUUAUAAACACUUAAGUCUAAUAAAAAUUGUUUUGUUAUUGUUCGAUGAGGUGAAACUAUAUCUCCUAUGAAGUGUGUGUGCUUUUGCAGACUGCCUGAGUGAAUGUGUAUUUCAGUCAUUUAUGCAAUGGAAUAUAUGCUCUCCUUGUUUUCUCCUGAUCAUAUCUAACAUAUGUCACGUAUCUCUAUGUUAUCCAAAGGCUAUACUGAUUUAUAUAUCUUGAAUAUAAUGCAUACAGUUUACAGUGGGCGUUCUUUCAUUCCACACGAUGAAGCUGCCAUGAGAUGCCUGGACUUUGUCUUCAAGUCAGAGCAAACGAGCAGUUUUGAAAUACGAUGUUAUGUGUGAAAUGUAUAUGUAUAAAGGUAACUUAACAUAUUUUAAAGUUUGAGUUACUGAUGAUUCUUUAAAUUAAGCAGUUACAAAAAAUAUAGUCAAAUUAAUCAUUAGAAUUUAACUUAUUGGUUAAUAUUCGGUAGGAAAGGAAGUGCUGUAUAUGUCUGGUCUGUUUUCUUAACUUUCUGUUAGUUUGUAUUCCACCACCACAAAAUGAUGUGUUAAUAAAAGCACAUGUAAAUCAUGAGGUGUUGAAAGCAGAAGGUAAAGAAAGAAAUGGGAUAUUUUAAAGAGGAUUCUGCUUUGAUUGAAGCUGAUGUGUAGGUUUGGGUUUUGUCUGAGCUCUCAGAUAUUUUCCUGAGGAAGCUUUAUUUGCAGAAGCGUACAGUUUUUCUCCACUUGCCUUCUCACAAAGAUCACUGAAGUUUCAGCCACAUUUAAGCCAUAACCUGGCCGCAAUGGAGAGCAAUUCACCCGAUUACAUAAAAGAACUAGCAAGUAAAAGCAGUUUUAUAAAAUAGAAGACGUCGUUAUAAAAUACAAGCUGCAGGUGUGUUUUUGACCAAAUUUGGGGUGUUUUCAUUUUCUGACUGCCCGGUGUGAAAUCACCAGUUGUUCUGUUAUGUCUGAGCUCCUGUACUGCACAGUGUGGAUAAGCAGUGAUGGACACAGAUGCCCAUGAGGGCCACUCAGCCGUGACGGGCUCUCGCCUGACCAGAGAGUUAGAACCACAUGGAGGAGAGGUGUUGUGCCAUGUGGCAUAGAGGUGAGCAUUGCUGUCCAGGGUGAGCACUCCCUUGUGCCCACUGCUUGCCAGGAUAGGCUCUGGCUCUCCUGCAGCCCUGAAAACGAAUGGAUGUUUGGACGCAAACUCUCCUGCAAGCACUGUGAGAUUCGCAGGGUGCGAAACGUUUUAACAAGUGCACAUUGUUAAGGAAAGUCUCUGUAUCGGAUGUCAGGAUAUAGCUAUUCACUGCACACAGGGUAGGCAAGCACACAUUUCAGUCCACCUCUGUAAUUGUUAGACUGAACAGGAAAAUGCUGUGGGGGGGAAAAAGGACUGUUUUUGAAGACAAGUUGAUGUGGAAGUGCAUUUGACAGAGAAAAGGAUUUCAGUAGCGAAUGUGAUCAUUCUGCUUAUUUUGCAAAAUAAUCUUAGAAGCUCUAUAUUCCUGAGCUGGAAAGAAUAUAAAAGGUUGUGCUUAUGCUGCAAACUGAUGCAUAUUGCUGACUGUUAGUCCAUUCGUUCUUGCUUCUCUUCAGAAAAGGAUCAAAAUCACCUCUGUGGCACAGAGAAUAAUGUUUUUCCAAAGCCAGCCCGACUCUUUAACAGUAGUAUGUGUUGCCAUAUCUUAGUCUCCUUUAGCUGUGCAGAUCACAGUUUGUUAACAUUGUCUCUUCCCUUCUGUGGGAAACUCACCAUUUGCAACUGCAGAACGAUGUGAAACAUUUUGUAAUGUAAUGUGGUUUGCUGUAACUUAUUUGUAAAAAUCUCUCAUUCAUUAAAAGGAAAGCCUUUAAUCUCA